AUGAGCGACCAGGCUGCACACAGUAUAUCCAUGCCUGAUCAACCAAACCGCGAAGUUGAUGACGAGACUAAUCGCGAAACUAACUCUGAGGUGAAUGCUUUGCACGGCCCAUUCCAAGCCGAGCAAUAUCAAGCUGGUGCGUACUUUGGGCAAAGCGGUAGCGCAGGUACACCCAUGUUCGGUUCUGGUGACAACAGAAGUCAGCCCGCAUACUACUCAGAUCCUAGAGCUUCCAUGGUGCCUAGCAUACAUAAUGCACAUACGCAGGAGCAAGAUUUAUCUCGGGGAAGCAAUGGAAUGCUCUCCAUGUCCGUCCAAAAGCCCUUUUCACCGAACGCACACUAUGGGCCCCUAUAUCCUCUUUCAAACCAAAACACAUUCACACAUUCACCUGGGUUGAAUCCCGACACACCAUCGGGUUUUGCCCAGUACUCGCCACAUAUGAGCCCAAGAUAUCCAGAUCCUGCAAACCAACCACCCUUGAGCAAACUGUGGCCUCAGUCCGCGCCACCGCUCUCCCAGCCGUCCUUCCCAUUCUGGGGCUACCAAUUCCAAAAUUUCGGGCAAGUGAACGUAUACCUGAACGAAGUAUGCUGGUUCCCCUCCAUGGACCGCUACGGAUUCCCACAAACAAGCGAUCAAUACAAAUUCUACCUCGAAAAGAUCUGCAUCGCACUCCGUAACAUCUCCAAAGUUUGGGACUUACAAAGUGCACCCUGGCAAUUCAGCAAAUUCAUGCCAAAAGGCGAAUGGACAGACCAUCGCGACAUCGAAGCCAUAGCACACACCGUCAUGUACACGACAAUGCGCAUACACAUCUCGGGCGUGACCGACUUCGCCCACAGGCGCUCCAUCGACCUCAUAUCGCUAAACAGCGAAGACGUAGACUUCACAUUCCCUCAACGCAUUCACUUUGUCGCGUGUUUGCUUAACCACUCCAAAGUCAUCGCAGCGGAAGUCAUGGCAAGAGUGAAUAUCGAAAAGUACGUUGCGCUACCCAUCACAUGCCUGCGCUCAUUCCACUACUUCAACGACAAGUGGGUUGAGGCUUCGGCGGAGGAAAGGAGGAACUGGACAGAAGUCAAACCGUACUUGGGAUCGGGCUUCACGCAUCCGACGCCAGAAGUUCGCGAGCAGUUGACGGCUAUUUCGCUGGCGCGGUAUCAGCAGACGUAUGCUGGGAGGCAGGCGCGCGAGGCGGGUGCUAGUGCGCUGAUGAUUGGGAAUCAAAAGAUAGUGCAGCCGCCUGCACAGCAGGAUGCAGGUGGGCAGCGUAGGUAUUCGACGGCUGCGAGUCUGGAGGCUCAGGGUAGUCCUGUGGGGGCUGGUCAGGCACGCGGACAGCCGCCUACUCGUCUUGCGCUGUCGGGGAGUAACGAGCAUUUGCAGGGUGUUGCGAGAUAUCGUGCCCAGAGCUUUGGUGAUGGAGGCCUCAACUCACCGGACUUGCCGGACAUGCAAUAG